UAUUUGUCAUUUUACGCAGUUGAAGCAUUAUCCUCAAUGCCAAGAAGUCCUUACCGACGCCGAAGGAGCAGCAGUAGCUCUUCCUCCUCCAACUCAUCAGCCAACAAAAAUGCUAGAAACCAAAAUAAGCGGAACAGAUCCCGCAGCAAGAGCCCUCGACAUCACAGAGGACAAACUUCUCUGGGACGAGGAUCCAAGAGUAGAGAGUCAAGUCGCCAACGAAAACGUUCAGUCAGUCCCGUGCCAGAACGACCAAUAGCUAGUGAUGACCCCAAGUAUUUGAAUGCAAGGAUCUUUGUUGGACACCUGCCAUCAGACCGAAUAACUAGGGAGGAAUUAGAGAAGCAUUUUCUUCCGUAUGGGAAUAUUCUGGAUGCGUCUGUGCAUCCAAGGGGUUAUGGAUUUGUCCAAUUUGUUAAAGAAGAGGAUGCCAGAAAUGCUGUUGCAAAAGAGCAGAGAUCAUUAAUUAAAGGGUCCUUAGUCGACGUGAAGAUGGCGGCAGAUGGUCGACGAGACCGUGUCAUGGUUCGGGAGCGCAGGCGUUCUCCUCCUCCAUUUGCAGAACAUCCAGCAGGUUAUCCAAGAGAGCGGGAACGUGAGCCCCCAGUGAGAGGUCCCCCUAUUGCUCGAGAUCGAUCACCAGUAAGAGAUCCUUAUGAUGACCGAUACAGAGACCCGUACCGAGAACCCAGAGACCCAGCAAGGCCACCUCCACCACCACCAAGAGACGCUCGAGACCCUUAUUAUGAUGACCCCUAUAGACGACCACCACCACCAGACCCCUACUAUGACAGAUAUAGAGAUGACCCGUACAGACGUGACCCAUAUGCUGCUGACCCUUACAGGGAUCCAUACAGGGACCCAUACUAUGACCCUCCACCACAGAGGAAGCCACCACCAGCCCCGGCUGAGUGUGUUGUUGUUAUCAUGACCAACAAACUCCGAACAUACGCUGAGACCAUUGAACAUCAGGUGAAGACUUUGAACCUCAUCACAGAUACAGUUGUGAUCCCAGAAGAUAGAACACUGGCUCAGCAGAUUGAGGAUAUUUCACAUCGUGGAGGCUUGUUUGCCAUUGUCAUCAACAGUCAGAAUGAAAUUCAUCACUCUCUCACCCUGAACAUUUUGCAUGGAAGCCCACAAGAACACAGGAAUAUGCCCGUUGAAGAUGCUGUAAGCCUUGUUGGCCGCAGUUUUGAGAAAUAUGUGCAGUCGCUGAAAGAGAAAGCUGCUGGUGCGGCGACCCCUGCUGCUUCUGCUCCCGUAGCCGCACCUGCCCCAGGGGCACGGCCACCCCCAUUCUUACCCCCUUCCAAAGAGGUGUCCUAUUUGCUUAACCUUCUGGCUGACAAUCGCCAGCUGACUCUGGAGGAGUUGGAUAAGAUAAUCAUGUACCUAAGAGAUAGGAGGGACAAGAUGAUUGAGUCAGAACGGAGACCAGUGGCAGGAGGAGAUGUUGGGUACCGUGAACCUGCACCAAGCUCACAGCUUCCUCCAGAGGAAGGUCUGCUUCAGCAACAACAGCAACAAGAACUUCAGACCAAGAUCCUCAGCAUUCUCAAUGGUAGUGGACAGUCAUCUGCAGCAGGAGUUCCUCAAACUCACAUGUCAAGCCAUGGUCAACCUCCCCCAGUAGCCCCAGCCUCAGGGUCUGGCAAUAUGAAUACAGCGCUCAUCAACUUUGACAACCCAAGUGUUCAGAAGGCUCUUGACAACCUGAUUCAGAGUGGCCCGAAUCUCUUGAGGAACAUCAGUGCUGCCUCAAGUACCCAGAGUGGCCAGACAGCUUCAGGCCCUCAUAUGGCGAGGGACCUGUCUGGCAGAGCUAGUUUGCUGACCCCCCCAGGUGUCCCUCGCCCAGGUUACCCACAGCAAGGCAUGGUUGCAGCACCCCAAGCUAGAGGAAUGCCAGGCGCUCGUCCACGAUACUAAUAUCACACCACAGCUUCUGAAACUGUUCAAAGGUGCAGCCUUCACUGUACAUUAACUCAUGUCAUUGUGUUUUAUGUCAACUGAAUCAUGGUUAGUGUCUUGUCAUUUUGUCAUAUUCAAAUCUUUUUUUCUCUUUUAAUGAAUCUGUUAUGUUUCACAUUCGGUAUUUUAGCAGGAACGUGAUGAUAUCACUUAAAUAGUCUCAAGGAGUACAAGCUGUAAUUGUUGCAAUUCAAUAAAAUAAUAAUAAUACUG